AUGCAAGCAAGCACCCAUCGCCUUCUGGUGAUAUCUUUGUUGAUUUUCAAUUGCAAUGCAAUCGAAGAGUUGCCUUCCGAUUACCUGUCAUUUUUCGACUUGGAAACCCCCACAGUGGAUUACAUGGACCAUCUAAUGUCCUCUUCUUAUCAUAAUCCAGCGACGAUUUCUUCCCAUAAUCCAACUCCAGUCAGUUUCGACAAUUUUCCCAAACCUGAAUAUCCUUCGAACGUUCCAUUGGCCCCUUCCGAAGCCCAAAGAGUCUCCACAAGUAUUCCUCGAAAUUCUCGACAGGUCCUGGACCAGGGAACAGGAAGCCGUCCAAACAAUGAACGGAAUGAUCCAAGGCCACUCGUAUCAAGCAAUGAGUUCGUCAUUCCAACAAGCUUACCCGAAAUUCAACAAUCCCUCGUCCGUUCGGCGGAAACCCCGACGACAAGAAACCCAAAGGAAUCCGGUUCAAGCACUCGUGCAAAUCGCAAGUGGAAAAGCCUAGCUGCAUUAAUCACACAAACACCAGAAUCUUGUCGGCCAUCUCAAAGGCCAUCUAAUCAAUUCGACCCUCUUCCAACCACGAGCCAAUCCAGCCCAUUGGAACAAGAUGUUUCCCUGAGAAACUCAAAGGGUGACAUGAAACCAGAAAAUGAAAUGCCUAAAAAGUUUUCAGAAACUAAAAAUCAUACGCAUUCGCAGGAAAGAGGAAAACGUGCAAGCAAUGACUUGAAGGAUCAAAGGGCAUUCGGAUCAAGCAAUCGUUUCGAUACCGCUGCAAGCUCAUCAACAAUCCAUCAAUCCCACCUCCCAUCGGGAAGAGAUGUGCAGGAGUUCAGCCCAAGCACCCUUGAAAAUCGCAAACGGAAAAGCUCAACAUUAACUACGCGAACACCAGAGUAUUUUCCGCGCUCCAAAAGGCCACAUGAUGGCUUUGACUCUCUCCCAACCGUGAGCAAACCCAGCUCGUCGCAAAAGGCCGUUUCCUCAACAAAAUCAACUGAAAUGAAGCAGGCAAAAGAAAAGCCCAACUGGCUUGUCGAGAUUCAAAAUUACAUUGAUACUCCAAAGGUUCCGAUGACUUAUUGGUCGACAACAUGGCAUGCUAAAGAAUAUAAAAUAGAAUUUCCAUCCAGCAUUGUUAAUAGUAAAAAUCGCAUGCCUGGUCAAUACGCGGGGGUUUUGAAUGGCCUCAAAAGCACGAAACUAGUUUUUGAUGAAGCGGUCCUUAGCAAUCACGCAUCAUUUGAAUAUAAUCUACAGCCUAGAGUCGUGCGAUUGAUUGAGAAAAUUUCCCAAGAAGGUCCUGCAAAUGGGGUACUGAUGAUGACAAAGCACCAAUUCAUGAACCACCAUAUCGAAGUGAAUUCAUUUUCUAACCAAAAUAAAACCCCAACUCGGCACACCACUGCAAGAAGCACCACGAGGAACCGGAAAACCGUACCCAAAAGCCCUAGCAGUAAUGAAGGACGAGCAAGAGUGGUAUCAGCUCAGAAAAUACUCAUUCAGAACAAAGAUGCUUGGCUUCAACAUUGGAACAAACAUUCCAAGUUCAAUCUCAUUGAUCUCAUUGGACUGGUCGACCUUAUUCAACCGGUCAAUAUGAGAAAUACAAUAAUUACAUUUCUAUUCUACGUCGAGAUGAUUGAAACGGUUUUGCCCAGAUCAUGGAUGGGGACAGUGGAUGUUGGGAUCGAACUUGAAGAAGCUUUCAGAGUUUUAGGACAACUUCUAAAUCCAGAAUCAACCAAUUGCAAAUCAAACGAGAACAGACAGACUUUGGAUAAAAACUUACAGAAAGGAUUUUGCCAAUGUUCUGAUUCCGGAGAAGGACAUCCUUCUUCGUACUUCUAA